CGACGAGAAACUGCAAUCUGGGCACACCUCGUCCACGAUAAUAUCGUGACACUUUAUGGAACGACAGAGGGCUUCGGGCCAACCACAGCCCUUGUCUCCCGGUGGUUCCCGCACGGCACGCUGUCCCGUCUGAUCACAGAACAAGGUGCUACUCUAACUAUCAAAUCCAAAUUGAAGCUGCUUCACGGCAUAGCAUCUGGGCUCUACUAUAUUCACUCUUUUUCCGUUGUUCACGGUGACAUUACGAGCUCUAACGUUUUGGUAGAUCUUAAGGAAGGAGAAUACAAGGCUUGCCUAACGGACUUCGGUUUGUCAAAUGUCCUCUGCGGACGUUUAAAACAGUGCCCGCUGGCAAUUGAAGGAUCAACAAUUGUUCGGCCUGGCGCAAUCAGGUGGACUGCGCCUGAGUUGGUCAGGUCAUGUGGCCCCCCUUCCGAUGUCAAACCAACCACGCAGAACGACAUGUAUUCCUUUGGUCGUGUCAUGUUCCAUUUGUUGACUCUGACUGUUCCUUGGUAUGACAUUGAAGAUUACAGAGUCAUUCAAAAAAUCCAAAAUGGAGAGGAUAUUCCGCGUCCGGAGAUAUCCGAGGCGACGUCUGAUGUCACAGACGCCCGCUGGAAUCAUAUUGAGCAAUGUUGGUCGAUUGAUCCAUCUGCUCGUCCAUGUGCCCUCACAUCCAUGAACUUCUUAGUGGGGGAACUAGAUGCUUUGAAACAAGAUGUAAGCUCAUGA